UGUACCGCGCACGUGUUUUCUGUACUGCAGAAUUCCGUAACAUAGUUUUGUAUUUUUUUGCUGCAGUGAUAUAUAUUACAACUUGGUAAAGUUAUUUGAGUAUAUAAUCAACUAGGAUGCCAAUGGAUGUUAGUAAAAAGUCCAAAAGUAGGAACGUGGGCCUUAUAUCUCUUGAUGAAUCCAAACAGGCUCAGUUCAAGGCGAAAAUGAAAUCUAAAAAAACUUCAAAAGCUUUUGACUCUACACAAACAGGAGUAAUCUUUCUUAAACACAUUCCUCAUGGCUUCUUCGAACCGCAAAUGAAAAUGUACUUCGAGCAAUUCGGGAUUGUCAAUAAGAUUCGUCUUUCUAGAAGCAAAAGGACUGGGAAAUCAAAAGGUUAUGCAUACAUUGAAUUUGCUUGUGAGGAGGUUGCAAAUAUUGUUGCUCAAACAAUGAAUAAUUAUUUAAUGUAUGAACGUUGUUUAAAAUGCACAGUUGUUCCCGUGGAUAAACUUCAUCCCAAGACAUUCAAAGGACACAACCAGAUUUUCAGUAAACCUGCUACUCGCAAAAAUUCUAUAAGAAAGUUUAAUGAAAGAAAUAGUAACUCUGAUGAGGUUAGACGUUUCAAGAGGAGAAAUCAGAAGCAUUUAAAAUUGGAAACCAAACUUAAAGCAAUGGGAAUUAAUUACGAUAUCAAUAAUUUGGUAAUGAAAACAGAUUGGAGACCACCACCAAGAAAAAUGUUGCAACAAAAAUCUGAUGUUGAUUCUCCAAAUGUGACCAAGACAGUGAUUUCCAAGAGUGACCUAAGUAUGAGUAUCAAUAAUGAGAUGAUGAUUGACAAGGAAGAUGAGGAAGUAGUUUUUAAAACUCCUCCCAAAUCCUCUAAAGUUAGCAUAAGGAUCAUUGAGCCCAAUGUAAUUAAUCAAGAUAAGAAAAAGAUCUCUAAAACCCCAACAGUAAACAAAAGUCUGCGGAAGGCAAAAAUCCUUAAAAAACGAAAAUUGUUAAAUAUGACCAUGUAAUAUUUUAGCAAUUUGAAAUGUGUAAUUGCAAUUUUUGUUGUGGGUAAAAUUCUUAAAAAUAGCGACAGUAGUCCUGCUUUUGUGUUAUUAUCACUUCCAAUAAAUUGCCAUAAAUAUCAGG